AUGAAUAAUUCUGGUGAACUUGAGCCGCACGAAUCGGAAGGAAUUGACGAGGAAUUGCAUUCCAUUGCGCAAGACCUGGCUGAGGGAAUUCGGCAAUUUGCCGGCUUUUUGGUUUUCGUGUUGAAGCUCGGAGAAAUGCUUAACGAAGAGUGCCCUGACCCUUUGGCCACAACGAUUACGUUAAAUGGCGAGGACGACGCCUAUCUAGCCGACGACUACGAUGGAUGGGAACAUUCUGGGGAUUGUGUCACUGAAAAUCAAAAAGCAAACGCGAUACUAGAACAAUAUAAUCUGAAGGUUGGGCCGUUCGGGAACUCCGGUGAAUCCUUUCCGCCAUGCAGCAACAGAGAGCAGAAAAUUGACGCCAUCAACGAACAGUUUGAGUCGUCAUUUCGGGAUCCACCGGACAUUCCCAGCCGCGUCACUUACGCAGCUUUCUCGACGCCAGACGCAAAAGCUCGCUUCAACGAAGCACAGCGACAAAUUUUCAACGCUCGACAAGCGAAGACCAACCGCGGUUGUCUUCACGCACGGAUUCCCAGCGGGUUUAAUUUUACGAGCGGAAUUGUCGACAAUAGCGGCAAUCAAGGACUUCUUCAUACCAUGCUUCGUCAUAGUUCUCAAUGGCAAGGUGCGAUUCCGGGAUAUGGAGAUGUUUAUGGAAAACUUUCAAAACCCUUGAAGAAAUUUGUGCGCGAAAUGUCUGCACUUUCCGGGGACGACUCAAAAGCCCGAAAUUUAGACGAGCCCUUCUGGAAGCUACUCGAUAGAGAGGACGCUGGAAAUGAUUACAAACUUUUCCAAAAACUACAAGAACUCAUCUACGACUACCUAUGCUCCAAUAUGACCACGUCAAGUUAUGCCGGUGAAGGAGCAAACGACCAUGGCUAUGUCCAGGGUGUAAUCAUGGACAGCAACGCGCACCAGGGCCUGCUGCAUACUAUCCUGCGACACAGCCCGGACUGGGUGGCUGUCAGCUCAGAAUACGAAGCUGUAUACGACAGCCUCAGCAGCUUGACUAAAGAAAAAAUGGCUGCAAUUGCCGCCAUUAGCAAAAAUCAGAAUAGAAAAGCACAACUGCUGUGCGCUGCUUUUAUGGGCUAUAUACUAAGCGAUAUGGGCCAUCAGGAUCGGCAAGCACUCCAUCGGUUGCAAACCAUCGUUUACAAUUAUUUGCUCAAAAAAAUUAAAGAGGAUACUUAUUCCGGCGAGGGUGUUUCCAAGACCGGCCGUGUUCGAAUAUUCUUCGACGCUGCAGACGAGGGCGAGAGCGACGACGCUGGAGAAAAUCGUGAGGAGGACGUCGAGUAUAUGGACUACAUGGUGAUAUGCCGGUCGGAGGAACGGGAUCGAGCGAUACCAGAACUGGGAGAUGAUCGGCAGGUCGUUAGUGUCAUCACCAUUUACUUCAUCGACCAUAAAAAGGAAGAAGAGACAUUCCUCGCCGAUGACUACAACGGCUGGGAGCAUCCCGGAAAUUGUACGAGUAGGGCCCGAAAAAGCGAGGCCAUCCAGCAAUAUCGAGAUGCGGUGGAGUCUCGGAUUUACGCUCCGCGUCGAAAUGGCCGUGCCGGUGCGGCUCUCACCAGGCUGGAGGCCAUAAUACAAUUUGACAAACAUAAGCGUGAAAACGGGGAAGCCGCUCGCCAAGCAUUCAAAAAAAGAAGUCUACUCGAGGUGCCGAUGCCAAGUGGUUUUGAGAGUACGUGCGCGAUCCUGGAUAACAAUGGCUAUCAAGGGCUGUUGCAUACAAUCCUUCGCCACAGCCCAGAAUGGAAAGAUGUUGCGCCCGGAUAUGCUAAUAUCUAUCAGCGGCUUAGCGAGCAGACGAGGGCCGCCAUCAGCAAAAUCUCACACCUGGCCGAUAACAACCAGAAGCUGGCACAACAGAUGAUCAAGGAGUUCAAGAAAAGCCUAGGCACGAUGCCGGCAAACGAUUGCAAAAUUCUGCAAAACCUCCAGGGAAUCAUCUAUGACUAUCUGUGCAAGACCAUUAAUGCCCGGAAUUAUGCCGGCGAGGGGGCCAACCCAAGUGAUUUUGUUCAGUUUUUCUUCCAAGAAUCAGGAAAUGCAUCGAUUGGCUACAUGGUCGUAUGCAUCUCGAAGACCGUCGAUGGUUCGGUUCCGAAGUUUGACGAUCCGAGACCCGUCAGCAACAUCAACACCAUCUAUUUUGUCGAUGAACAUACCUUGCGCGGGCGGAAGGUCUCUGAGUGCUUCUCUUCGCAC